AAAUCACUUACUUAUCAAGUGAAAACUUCAUAAUUUUAUGUCUCAAAUUUGAUAUUGUCUCUAACACUACUACUACUACUACUACUACUACUGCUACUACUACUACUACUACUGCUACUACUGCUACUACUACUACUACUACUACUACUACUACUACUACUACUACUACUACUACUACUACUACUACUACUACUACUACUACUACUACUACUACUACUACUACUACUACUACUACUACUACCAGUUAUCUUAAUAUUAUGAACAUAUUCAAAGAGAAAACGAAUUAUGUUAACGCUAGAUAG